GUUCGAUUCACUGAGCCUGGUGGGGCCUAGGAGCCCGGGCGGCUGUUAACGCGCGCUUUGGGAAGAGGAAGGUUAAGCGGGAGUGCUGGGGCCGAAUUCAUCUCUGCCGCUCUGUUCAGCCCUGCCUGAGGUUCCCCUCCCAAGUCCGGGUCUUUUACUUGUCCUGUCUGGAUCCCUGCUGGACUUCCCUCAGUCUGAGCCUCUCUGCACUCCAGACCUGGGAAAUCCCCCUUCUCCGGGCUCGGGCUCUUCGUCCUCCCCAGGCCUCUGAUUUUCACCCCGGCCUCUCUCUCCUGGCCUGUGAUUUCCCCUUACCCUCACAGCUGCGCUCUCCCUUCACGCCCACGUAGGACCAUUAUCCUGGCUGUACUCUGCCCAGCCUGGUAGUCCACCUAUCCCCCCAUCCUAGAACUCACCUCCUCUUGGAUACUUCCUCUUGGCCUUCUCUGCCGCCUGAUCUAACUGACGACAGACAGUUUGAGCUCAACCCCAGCCCCUGGCUGAAUUCCCUCCACGCUCCCUCUUUAGCCCAUGCUCUCACUAACAUAGCAGCCAGCUCUUUACCAGGUCCUGGUUCUGUAUUCUCAGCUACUGGGUGCCUUUGACUUUUGGCUGAUGGGUACUUGACAUUUUAUCCUCCUGGGUCUAGGAUGAGGAGGAGCUUAGCUCCCAGCCAGCUGGCCAAGAGAAAACCAGAAGGCAGAUCCUCUGAUGAUGAAGACUGGCAGCCUGGGGCAGUGACUCCUAAGAAACGGAAAUCCAGCAGUGAGACCCAGAGCCAGGAGUGUUUCCUGUCUCCUCUUCGGAAAACUUUGACCCAACUAACGAAUCGACCACACUGUCUGGACAGUAGUCACCAUGAAGCAUUUAUUCGAAGCAUUUUGUCAAAGCCUUUCAAGAUCCCCAUUCCAAAUUAUCAAGGUCCUCUGGGCUCUCGGGCAUUGGGCCUCAAAAGGGCUGGGGUCCGCCGGGCCCUCCAUGACCCCCUGGAAGAAGGUGCCUUGGUUCUGUACGAGCCUCCCCCGCUGAGCGCCCAUGACCAGCUGAAGCUUGACAAGGAAAAACUCCCUGUCCAUGUGGUCGUUGAUCCUAUUCUCAGUAAAGUCUUGCGGCCUCAUCAGAGAGAGGGAGUGAAGUUCCUGUGGGAGUGUGUCACCAGUCGGCGCAUCCCUGGCAGCCACGGCUGCAUCAUGGCUGAUGAGAUGGGCCUGGGCAAGACACUGCAGUGCAUCACGUUGAUCUGGACACUUUUGCGCCAGAGUCCAGAGUGCAAGCCAGAAAUUGACAAGGCAGUGGUGGUGUCACCCUCCAGCCUGGUGAAGAACUGGUACAAUGAAGUUGGGAAAUGGCUUGGAGGGAGGAUCCAACCUCUGGCCAUUGAUGGAGGCUCUAAGGACGAGAUAGAUCAAAAGCUGGAAGGAUUCAUGAACCAGCGUGGAGCCAGAGUGCCUUCUCCCAUCCUCAUCAUUUCCUAUGAGACAUUCCGCCUUCAUGUUGGAGUCCUUCAGAAAGGGAGCGUUGGACUGGUCAUAUGUGAUGAGGGACACAGGCUGAAGAACUCUGAGAAUCAGACUUACCAGGCCCUGGACAGCUUGAACACCAGCCGGCGGGUGCUCAUCUCUGGGACUCCCAUCCAGAAUGAUCUCCUUGAGUAUUUCAGCUUGGUACAUUUUGUUAAUUCAGGCAUCCUGGGAACUGCUUAUGAGUUCAAGAAGCACUUUGAGUUGCCAAUUUUAAAGGGCAGAGAUGCAGCUGCCACUGAGGCAGACAGGCAGCUAGGAGAGGAGCGACUGCGGGAGCUCACCAGCAUUGUGAAUAGGUGCCUAAUACGGAGGACAUCUGAUAUCCUUUCUAAAUAUCUGCCUGUGAAGUUUGAGCAGGUGGUUUGUUGUAGGCUGACACCCCUUCAGACGGAAUUAUACCAGAGGUUUCUGAGACAGGCCAAGCCAGCAGAUGAGUUACGUGAGGGCAAGAUGAGUGUGUCUUCCCUUUCUUCCAUUACCUCACUAAAGAAGCUAUGUAAUCAUCCAGCUCUAAUCUAUGACAAGUGUGUGGAAGAGGAAGAUGGCUUUGAAGGUAAGAUGCUGGUCCUUGAUUACAUUCUGGCAGUGACCCGAAGCCGCAGCAGUGACAAAGUAGUGCUAGUGUCCAAUUACACCCAGACUUUAGACCUCUUUGAGAAGCUCUGCCGGGCCCGAAGGUACUUGUAUGUCCGCUUGGAUGGCACGAUGUCCAUUAAGAAGCGAGCCAAGGUUGUGGAGCGCUUCAACAGUCCAUCGAGCCCUGACUUUGUCUUCAUGCUGAGUAGCAAAGCUGGGGGCUGUGGCCUCAAUCUCAUUGGGGCUAACCGACUGGUCAUGUUUGACCCUGACUGGAACCCAGCUAAUGAUGAACAAGCCAUGGCCCGGGUCUGGCGUGACGGUCAAAAGAAGACAUGCUAUAUCUAUCGCCUGCUGUCUGCAGGAACCAUUGAGGAGAAGAUCUUUCAGCGUCAGAGCCACAAGAAGGCACUGAGUAGCUGUGUGGUGGAUGAGGAACAGGAUGUGGAGCGGCACUUUUCUCUGGGCGAGUUGAAGGAGCUGUUUACCCUGGAUGAGGCUAGCCUCAGUGAUACACAUGAUAGGUUGCGCUGCAGCCGCUGUGUCAACAACCAUCAGGUCAGGCAACCCCCUGAUGGUUCUGACUGCACCUCAGACCUGGCUCAGUGGAACCACAGCACUGAUAAGCGGGGUCUCAAAGAUGAGGUACUCCAGGCUGCAUGGGAUGCUGCCACCACUGCCAUCACCUUCGUCUUCCACCAGCGUUCCCAUGAGGAGCAGCGGGGCCUCCACUGAUAACCAGCUGGUCUGGAUAUAGCUGUUAGAGGAAGGAGACAGGGAAAAGGGGCUCCCUGCCCCAUAGGGCCCUGCUGAAUUUUGUUCUCUGGGAGAAAAAUCAAGAAGGGCUGCAUGAUGUUUGCCCAAAAUUUAUUUUAUAAGAAAAACUUUUUUGGUUAAAAAAAGAAAGGAAUAAAGGUAUGAAAGGGACUGAGGCCUGGGA